AAAUGUAAUUAAAAUGACUGCACGGUUCUUAAACAAACAAUGUGGUCGACGGCUUUCAUUCGGUUCAUUCGACGACGCAUAAUCCUCGGCCUAAUUCUCACCGUUUCGUUACUUUACUGCAUACUGAGCUAUGUGAGCAAGGGCGACUUUCUGGACACGGACGAGGUGGUGCCCAUCCGCCGCACCCAGCCCUUCAUCUGGCGCACCCUCCAGCAGCACAACGCGUCCAGCGACCCCGAAACAUGCCGCAAUUCCAUUCAAGGCAAAGUGCUGAUAGUUGACGAUCGGGGCUUCGUGUGCCCCCGACACGAAAUCCUGCAUUCGGGGUGUUGCAACGACACGCCCCAGACCAGCCCCCAGUAUUCCUGCGACACGUGCAAGGGCAACAAUUGCUGCGCCAUUUACGAAUUUUGCAUAUCCUGCUGCCUGCACCCUGAUAAAAAAGAAAUGUUGGAAAAUUUACUGGGGAAAGCAACUGAGCAAAACAACGUCCUGUUUGCGUCAGUCACUGACCAUUUCGAGUUGUGUUUAGCUAAAUGUCGGACCAAUUCGCAGAGUGUGCAACACGAGAAUUCGUACAAGGACCCCAAAGCGAAGCACUGCUACGGGGAGUUGGCCCCUGGCACACACAGCGUUGAGAAUGAAGUUUAGUUGUACUAAUCCACUUUGGCUUCGUAUUAUUUGUGAUAACUAUUAUGAUUAAUAAAGAUUUUAUUUCCAUUAGA